GAAAGCUGCCACUUAGAGGAACAGAGGGAGUGUGAAUGUGAGAAGCAAACGACUCAAUGAAGACCACAGACAAGGGUACUGGAUGUUGCUCUUGUAAAUAAUCUUUAGGUUCUGGAGUGGACACUAUUUAAUUUCUGGAAUUUACAACAACAAUUAAGAGGACGUUCUUGGAGUGUUUGGUGACUUUACUGCACCAUAGACGCACUGGACUCUGGAGCAGGAGUAUUGACAAAACCAAACACUGAAAGCCUUUACCAGAUCAUGGAAUCAAAAAAAAGCUCAAAAAUAUAAAUGCUCGCAACCUUCAAGCUGAAAAUGGGACCAGGGUGGUGGUGGUUGUGUGUCUUGGGGAUUCUUGCUGCCCCGUGUCGGGGCAUCAGACAGUGUCUGGAUGGGGUUACAAUCAAUGUGAUCCUGCUGCAAGAUGAAGAGUCUCCCUGGAGUCUGAAUUUUGUGGAAGGACAAAUAGAGAAGGCCUUAGAGACAGACGCAACCAUUAAUGCUGCAGAAGGUGCAAGGUUUAAUCUCACGGCUAACUAUAGUGGGUUCAACACAACCUUUUAUGAACGUAAAGGCUGCCAGAGUAGCACGUGUGAGGGAGUGGAGGAGCUAAGGAUGCUAAUGGAUUCAAAAACCCUGGGAUGUGCAGUGCUUGGGCCCACCUGCACCUACGCUACUUUCCAAGUGGUUGAUGUGGAAAAAGGUCUGAAGCUCAGUACGCCAAUCCUCUCGGCAGGAAGCUUCGGUCUCUCCUGCGACUACACGCUAAAUCUGCAGCGCCUCCUGCCGCCGGCACGCAAGAUCUCUGACUUUUUUAUUCAUUUCUGGAAAGACACCAACCAGAUUAAAUCUAAGUGGGAGACUGCCUAUGUUUACAAGAAACAGAGCAACACUGAGGAUUGCUUUUGGUAUAUAAAUGCACUUGAUGCAGACUCAAGCAAGUUUGUGGACAAUAUUCAGAGAACGGUGCUACGCAAUCCAGGAGACCUGGAAAAAGUACUAUCAUCAACCCAAAACAGGACAAGCAACUUGUUCAUCAUGUGUGGAUCACCAAUGGAUGUAGAGGAGGUGAAAAGUGGCUCCAUAGAGGCAGACAGCAGUGAUAUUAUCUUUAUCCUUAUUGAUCUUUACAACGAUCAAUACUACAUUAACACAUCGUCACUGCCAUCCAUGAGGAACGUGUUGGUGCUGACUAUGCCCAACACCAGAAGCUACACUAUCAACACAGACCUGAAAGACAAGAACACAAUGAAUGAUUACAUGGCGGCGUACCAUGAUUCUGUGCUGCUAAUAGGCCAGGUGAUGAGGUAUAUUGCUAAAGAAAAUGAGUCGGAGAUUCAGCAGAUGGAGUUUGUCAAUGCGAAUUACUUCAGAAACAUCUCCUUUAAUGGAAGUGCUGGGAACUACAAGCUGGACGAGCAUGGAGACCGAGACGUGAAUCUCUCAAUCAUUUACACCACUACUGAUGACAAGUACCAAGUUUUAUUCACAUUCAACACUGAGAAGGAAGAAACCAAAGUGGUUGAGACACACCCGUCGUUUAUCUGGGGAAAAACACUUCCUGAUUUCACACCAGACCUAGGUCCAGCCGCAGCAAAUAAUGACAUCAUUGUCAGUGUGUUGGCGGUGACAGUGGUUGUAGUGGCCACCAUGGCCUUCAUUUUCUACCGACAGAGCAGGAGAGAGCGCCGGGUCAGGAAGCGCUGGUCCCAUAUCGCCUCUGAUCUUAUCACACCACUGGAGAACAACCAACUCAAUGUCAUCUCUCUUAAGAUUGAAGACGAGAGCAAAAACAUGAAAAUCCAGAUCCGCCGUGCACUCUACGAUAAGAAGAUUGUGAUUCUAAAGGAGCUGGAGCACUCGGAUGGGAACUUUAACGAGACCCAGAUGAUAGAACUUAAUGAUCUCAUGCAAAUCGACUACUGCAACCUCACAAAGUUUUAUGGCACAGUGAAGUUUGAUGAGGGCGUGUUUGGAGUGUUUGAGUAUGGAGAGAGGGGGUCACUCAGGUAUGUGCUGAGCGAUAAGGUUUCUUACCCAGAGGAGACCUUCACAGACUGGGAGUUCAAGAUCUCCGUCAUGUACGACAUUGCCAAGGGCAUGUCCUAUCUCCAUGCCAGUCACAUCCAGGUGCAUGGUCGCCUCAAGUCCACCAACUGUGUGGUGGACAAUCGCAUGGUGGUGAAGAUCACAGACUUUGGCUGCAACAGCUUUCUUAGGCCCGGCAGAGACUUGUGGACUGCUCCGGAGCAUCUGAGGAAACAGGGCACCUCUCAGAAAGGAGACGUCUACAGCUUUGCCAUCAUCGCUCAGGAGAUUGUUCUCAGAAAGAGCACCUUCUACACCAAGAGCUGCUCCGACAGAGCAGAAAAGCUUGCCAGGGUCAUCAUGUCCUACUUCAGACCUGAUCUUCACUUUGAUACCGCUUCAGAGAAAGAAUUAGAGGUGUACAUGUUGAUAAAAAGCUGCUGGGAUGAGGAUCCAGAAAAAAGACCUGACUUUAAGAAGGUGGAAAACUGUCUGGGAAAAAUCAUCAGUAAAAUUCAUAACCAGGACAAUGAGAGCUACAUGGAUAACAUGAUCAGGCGGCUGCAGAUGUAUUCCAGAAACCUGGAGCACCUGGUGGAGGAGAGAACGGCCCUCUACAAAGCUGAGAGGGACAGAGCAGACUGCCUCAACUUUAUGCUGCUUCCUCGCCCGGUGGUGAAAAGCCUGAAGGAGACUGGUGUGGUGAAACCAGAGCUGCACGAAGAAGUGACGAUAUACUUCAGCGACAUCGUCGGUUUCACAACUCUGUGCCAGUACAGCACACCGAUGGAAGUUGUGGACAUGCUCAACGACAUCUACAAGGGCUUUGACAGCAUCGUCGACCACCACGACGUAUACAAGGUGGAGACGAUUGGGGACGCCUACAUGGUGGCCUCUGGGCUUCCGAAGCGAAAUGGGAACAGGCACGCGGUGGAUAUCUGCCGCAUGGCGCUGGACAUCUUGGCGUUCAUGGGAACCUUCCAGCUCCGACACCUGCCCGGUAUCCCUGUGUGGAUACGCAUCGGCGUUCACUCUGGUCCCUGUGCAGCGGGUGUCGUGGGGCUAAAGAUGCCCAGAUAUUGCUUAUUUGGAGACACGGUUAACACGGCGUCUCGUAUGGAGUCUACAGGACACCCCCUGCGCAUCCACGUCAGUCAGCCUACUAUAAAUAUCCUGCAGAGGACAGACUACAAGUUUGAGUAUGAGAUCAGAGGAGAAACAUAUCUCAAGGGUAAAGGCACGGAGACAACCUACUGGCUGACAGGCGAGACGGGCAAAGACUACGACCUCCCAGCUCCACCCACAACGGAGAACUUCCAGCGGCUCCAGCAGGACCUCGCCCACAGGAUCGUGGCGUGUCUGGAGCGGCGCUCUCGAGGCUCCAUCCGGAGGAAGAAGACGCUCUCGAGUCAGAGCAAGGAGGACGACAAGGACGGGGAAUCAGGGGUGGAGUCUGAGGGCGACCUUCCUGAGUACCUGCAUCUGGCCACUGUGGACAACACCCUCAGUACCUUCCUGUAGUACACACCUACUGUUGAGUACGUCACUGUAUGUUAUUACUUUUAUUUCUAUGGUUAUUACACUAUUCAGUGAGACUGGGAAGGUAACCAGCAGGAGGCAGAGAGGGAACUAAGGACUGUAGCACUGGUUAGAAGAACAGCAGCAAGCAGAGAUGUGAAGCUGAACUGAUCAGUUCCAUCCAUUU